AUGCUGCGCGAUGGCGAGUUGGCGGCGGCUGCCGCCGAAGCAGCAGCAGCAGCGGCAACAACAACAGCAGCGGCGGCGACGCCGAAGAAAACCGUCCGAGACGCCGCGGCGACGAUGGCGGUCCUCUCCCUGCCCGUCAUCACUCGCACUGCCGCCACGCCGCUUCACGAGCCCGUGCCCGAGGUCAAUGGUGGGAUAUUGUGCAAUGGCGGCCAACAGCAAAGAAAGGUAUCUGCUAGUGGCAUCAGUGUGGACAGCUGUGUGCAGCAGCAGCCACAGGGUGUCAAGUCCAUCUUGAAGACGUCCCCCGCAGACGGACAGAGGAUGGACUCCGUGGCGAUGGCGAUGGCAACACUGGCACCCAACAUCCCCAUGGAACUCGGGUUGAGUCGCCACAACUCGGUGCGCAGCCAGUCGGGUUCUGUCAAGUUCUCAGACCAGCAGCUUAAACCAGUCAAGAAGAAGACGCAAAAAAAACUCACCGAUGGCAUCCCGCUCAAGUCCACGGAACCACUGAUGGUUCUCGACGACCAACUCCAGUCUCUGGGCAAGGACGACCAGCAGACCAAGCCCAAGGCUGGUCACCUGUGGUGCUGCGGGCACUGGUGGGACCAGUGGAUAGCUGGCCGACAGGACCAUUCCUUGUUCAGACGGGUGUGUUGGUGGAUAUCCCAGCAAAAGGUGUUCGACCACACUGUCCUCGGCCUCAUCGCCCUCAACUGCAUCACGCUGGCCAUGGAGCGGCCGACCAUCCCCGCAGAGUCCCUGGAACGGCGCCUGUUGACCGCCGCCAAUUACGGCUUCACCCUGGCCUUCGGCCUGGAAAUGCUCGUCAAGGUCGUGGCGAGCGGCAUGCGCGAGUACCUCAGGUCCGGCUGGAACGUGAUGGACGGGCUCCUGGUGGGGGCGUCCCUAGUGGACGUGGCCAUCCAAUUGGCAUCGUCUCACGCCAGCCCGCGCAUCCUGCACCUCGUGCGCGUGUUCCGCCUUCUCAGAUCGCUCCGCCCACUGCGCGUCAUCAACAGGGCGCCGGGUCUGAAGCUCGUGGUGCAGACGCUCAUCACGUCGCUCAAGCCCAUCGGCAACAUCGUGCUCAUCUGCUGCACCUUCUUCAUCAUAUUCGGCAUCCUGGGCGUGCAGUUGUUCAAGGGCACGUUUUAUCAUUGCGUGGGGCCGAGGCUGGUGGGCGUGACGAAUAGGACGACGUGUUUGGCCGUGCACCCGGACAACCAAUGGGUGAACCACAAGUACAACUUUGAUGACUUGGGGCAGGCGCUCAUGUCGCUCUUUGUGCUGUCGUCCAAGGACGGAUGGGUCAACAUCAUGUACCAGGGGUUGGAUGGGGUGGGCAUUGACCAACAGCCAAUCGAGAACUACUCCGAGUGGAGACUGCUCUAUUUUAUCUCGUUCCUCCUACUGGUCGGCUUCUUCGUGCUCAACAUGUUCGUCGGGGUGGUGGUGGAGAACUUCCAUCGGUGUAGGGCGGCCCAGGAGCAGGAGGAGAAGGCCAGGCGCGCGGCCAAGCGGGCCAAGAAGCUGGACAAGAAAAGACGGCGGAUGAGAGAGCCGCCAUAUUACUUGCACUACUCGCGCCCUCGCAUGUUCACGCACAACCUGGUCACCUCCAAGUACUUUGACUUGGCCAUUGCCGCAGUCAUUGGACUCAACGUCGUCACCAUGGCCAUGGAGUUCUACAAGAUGCCAAGAGAACUCAUCUAUGCCUUGAAAAUAUUCAACUACUUCUUCACAGCAGUCUUCAUUCUGGAGGCAGGCAUGAAGCUGUGUGCUCUGGGUGUGAGGCGUUAUUUGAAAGAUAGGCAAGUGUUUUUCUUAUCAGUAGUCUCCCACUCUACCGUUAACAUAUGGAACAUGCUGGACAUUGGGAUAGUUGUCUUGUCUGUGGUUGGUAUCAUCCUGGAGGAGAUGGAGACAAAUGUGAUCCCCAUCAACCCAACCAUCAUACGGGUGAUGCGGGUCAUGAGGAUUGCAAGAGUGCUGAAGCUGCUCAAGAUGGCCAAGGGCAUCCGGGCCCUGCUGGACACAGUCAUGCAGGCCCUGCCGCAAGUCGGCAACCUGGGCCUGCUCUUCUACCUCCUCUUCUUCAUCUUCGCCGCCCUCGGGGUGGAGCUGUUUGGGCGGCUGGAGUGCGACGACCUGCACCCGUGCCAGGGCCUCGGGGAACACGCCCACUUCCGGGACUUUGGCAUGGCAUUCCUCACGCUCUUCCGCAUCGCCACCGGCGACAACUGGAACGGCAUUCUCAAGGACACUCUCCGCUCGCCGCCGCCGCCGGGCUACGUGGCGCCUGCUUACCGACGCCGCGUGCCGCCGUUUGUGCUGGUCAAUGUUGUGGUGGCUGUUCUCAUGAAGCACCUGGAAGAGUCGCACAAACAGACCAUCCGAAAAGAAGAAGACGAAGACGAAGCAGCAUUCGAAGCCUUUGUUCGAGAGCAACAAGAGGCUGAUGAUGUUGCGAGCGGAUCAAGAAGACGAGGAGUCGAUGCCCGAGCCGAGUGUGAGCGACGCAAGUCCAUGUGCGCUGAGUUGGUCGAAGCGAAUCGCCGUUUCAUCCUCUCUGACCCCAUGAUGGACGCCACCGGCGGCGGCGGUGGCGGCGGUGGAACAACUCGUUCGAGCAGGCGAAGAACCAAACGAUCCCGAGGCGGAGAAGGGCCAGCAGGAUCAUCCGGGAAAGGCGGCCACGUCAAUGGCGGCGGUGCGGCCUACGGAGGUGGGACGGCGUCCCUCCUGAUGAUGCAGGCGACCAGCGUCACUACGAGUCUGCCCACUGGCCUCAAUGCCGUGGGUCUCAGCUGGCAGCAUGAACGCGCGUCCGCGUCUCUGGUGCGGCCUAGGCGCGUCAUCAAGGCCGAGGCCCACGAGAAGCUGCUCAAUUCGCCUGGAAUCCACCUGCUGCCAGCGAAGCUCCUAGAGGCAAUGGCAGCAAGCAUGGUAGUGUGUGAAGACCAUCAUCAGCAGCAUGAUGAUCAGGGCAUAAGUGUGCAGGAUGAAGAGGAUGCGGGAUCAAGGCCAGGGCUGCGACGCCCUGUUGCAGCACCACCGCCGCCGCCGCCACGGCCGCCACGCAACGGGGAUGCAGGAGCUGAGGCGGCCAAUAAGAAGAAGCCUGAUGACGACAAGGAUGAGUCGUCGGGAAUGAGGCACGUGAUGAUGACGAUGGACGCCAUGCCGUCGCCGUGCAAUUACCGAAGACGCAACUUGCUGCAAUUGGAUCGACCUGCUGCUCAGAAUAAUGAUGAUGGUGGUGAUUCUCGCAUCUUCCCGGAGGACAUUUAUCUGGUUGAGAUGCCUGAUGAUGAUGAUGAUGAUGAAGAUGAUGAUCAUGCUGCAAAGAUGCAGGGUUAUUCUUCUUUGUCUGCUGUGGUUCAUCCUGCUGCUGCUGCUGCUGAAAAUAAUGUUGUUGCUGAUUCAACAGCAGGACUACUGUCAUUGAGUCCUGUGUCUGUCAGUGCUGUUCUUCCCACAAAAGGGAUGACUACUGAUGAUGGCUCGCUUUGUCUGAAACAGGGGUGCUUGGACUGGCGUCAGGAAGAAAUCAGGGGCUGCGAAAACUCGAAGCAACAACCACAACAGCUGGCGGCGGCGGCUGUGGCAGCAAACGGCGCCGGCGGCGGCGGCGGCAAUGGGCGUCCGUGCAAGACUCGCAAGCACACACCGACAACGCCUUCUUCCCUGUCUGUCUCUCCACAUCGUCAUCAUCAUCAAAAACUUGGCAGCCGUCGCAGUCAUAACCCUCAUAAUAAUCCUGCUGUUGCCAUUGAUGCCGGUGAAAUGAUGGGCGCCACUGCCGCCUCUGCUGGGCCUUCCGGCGCCUGCAGAAUAAGAGAGCGCAGUCGGAGCUGGGUCCCAGGUGCAACAACGACUACCAAUAACAACAACGACAACAGCCGCCACAACAACAACAACAACAACGGCAUUUAUACGACGACGUCCGGCGGUGGCGGCGGCUGCUGCUCCCUCACCUCGCCCGAGGAAUUACGGCGUCCCUCUUCCUCCUCGUCGUCGUCGUCCCUCAUGAUGCUCCUGGGCGUCACUCCAUUGGCCAACCACCGCCGCCACCACCAACAGCAGCACACGUUGCCGCCUCCACAACAACGAAUGCUGCUGACGGCGGCGUCGUCCCGGGAGACUAUGUGGCAUCGUCGACGCCGCCUCUUGCGCGAGGGACGCCGGAAUAAAGCACACACUGCUGCUGCCGUUGACGACGGUCCAUGCAAGAAUAAGAAAGUCAACGGUCGACCAUCAGAACCCACUGCUGAUGGUGACGGUGAUGAGGCGCCGCUGCAAAAGGACGACGACGGCGGCGGCGGCGAUGAGAGCCUGGUGAAAAUUUGUCCCAAGUGCUAUUGGGAGGAAACAGCAGCAUCAGGAGCAGGAGGGAACAGCAGCACUGGUAUUGUUAGCAACACCUGUCUGUCAGUCACGGUACCCAUCUGCACCAUCACGUACAGUCCUCCUCCUCCACCGACAUCAGAAGCUGACCACGUUGAGGACCAGCACCACUACUGCUCUCACCCGGCGCAGCAGCAUGUGCAUCGACAUCAUCGUGAAGGUAUCCUUUCCAUAGCUGUAUUUCUUUGGAUCCAAUUGCUGACUUCGAACCGUGCGAUCAGAAGCAGGUACGACCGUUCAUCUAAAAUGCAAAAAUAUGUGAAACUAAGUAAAAUCGGCGAAGGCACUUACGGCGUCGUGUACAAAGGACAAGAUACGAGCAACCGUAAUCGAAUCGUGGCUCUGAAGAAGAUUCAAAUGGAGGCUGAUGGCGAGGGAAUUCCAAGUACAGCGCUGCGCGAAAUGGCUUUACUCGUUGAAUUGGAUCAUCCGAACGUCGUGCGUUUGCACGAAAUCGUUCCGGCGGGACACGAUUUUUACCUGGUUUUUGAAUACAUGGAUAUGGACUUGAGAAAGUAUUUGCACAAUCACCCACAGGGACUUUCGUCAGACGUGAUCAGGAACCUCAUGGAACAGCUCUUGAAAGGGUUGAAUUAUUGCCAUCUUCGACGCAUUGUGCACCGUGAUCUCAAGCCUCAGAACAUCUUGGUCUCGAAUGAGGGUUGUCUAAAGAUAGCAGAUUUCGGUCUUGCGCGAACGAUGGGCAUUCCAAACAAACCAUACACUCAUGAAGUCGUGACCUUGUGGUAUCGCGCUCCCGAAAUUCUACUGAAUUUCAAGUACUACACGUCAGCCUUGGACAUUUGGUCCACAGGAUGUAUCUUUGCCGAAGUGGUACUGUUCCGCGUAUUAAAUUUGUUCGGCAAGUUCGUUUUGAAAACGCGUUCGAUGUAUUUCAGUCAAACAACAAACCAUUGUUGA